UUUUCCUGCACUGAACUCGAUCCUCAUCAAUCAACGAGUCAGGCAAACACCAUCUCAUCUACAAAAAACAACCCAUUCCUCAUAUCAUAUCAUAUCAUACCGUAUCGUAUCGUAUCGCUACUUUAUAUUGUGGCAGUUCAUCAUAAUGGCGGACAAUAUUUGCGGUCCCUCGACCGCUCCUAAAUCCCUAUCUCGACACUUUGAACAGGACCGCUCUCUACAGCAAGACCGAUUUACAUCGUCUGCUGGAACCUCUAGCGGCGUCCAAGAUGCGACACAGCGCUUCCGCAGCCUUAAUUUAGGCGACAACAGAUUUACAUCAGAUUUCUCCGGAUUCCAAAACACUUCUUUCAUGGAUACCUCCUCCGAAGCCAGACCCUGGGCACCCAUUCCCCAGCUACCCACCUAUCCGCCCUUUACUAGCAGCGACAACUUCUCUCCUGCCCAUCGCGUCAACGCUCCGACUCGUCCUAGAGUUUCCCCCGCGGCCGUUCCCCUCGUGCCCAGCAUGCCUUUCGCGUCUCCUCCUGUAGGCCACACCACAACAACUCGUGCCGCAGACCUGGUCGCUCGCAGUCGUACACACUGGACCAAUGAGGGUAGUCAGAGAAUUCCCCGUAACGACUUUAAUCAGAUAGGCCCGAACUUUGUCCCGUCCGUACCGAGAACUAGAUACGCGGACGUCUUUCGAGAAACCAUGAUGCAGCAGCAUAUAGGCACUCUCGCGAAUCAGACCCGCCGCCCCGAAGACGAUCUCGACUUCGAUGCUGAAUUACGUGCUUGGGCGGCCGCCAACAGUCCCGAGACGCAAGCCCAAGCUAAUGCAUGGCUUGGCGGCGAGCGUACCUCUUUAGAUGGCCUUGUCCGCGAUACACAAAAUAUUUUCCAGUUGGCUAAUGCCCAUCAACUUACCCAGCAGAACCUAAUCGCCCUCGAGCAAGAGAUGGAUACGGAAACUGAGCCAGUUCUCAACUCCAUAGCGGCCGAAUCGAAAGAAGAGCCAGUUAAGUCUCAAGGCAAGGAGGACACGGAGCUCGCCAUGGCCGCGCAGCAGAUCCUAAAUUCCGUAUCAGGGGACAAGUCCGAUAAGUUUAAGAACUCAGGUUUUAUUCAGAUGAUGCAGAAAAUUGCGGCGCAGGAGCUAGUUGUUCGAGACAACAACUUGGUGGAUGCUACCGAGGCGACCAAAAACUAGAUUGAUAUCGAUUGCCAAUACCGACACUGAGGCGCCAUCACCAAAGGCGAAGAUGGCAUCGAUGCCCGUUGCUGUCGAAGACUCGUCUUCGUAUGAGUACCUAGGCACCUAGAG